GUCACAACUCAUACUAUUCGGACAGAUGGCACAGAAACCGCUGCGCCUCUUGGUUUGAGGAGAUGUUGAAGGAAAGUUUGAUAUUUUGUUCAAUAGAGUUCGAGCAAUUCAGAAGAAAAGUGGAAACUUUGAUCUGCUGUUGUGUGUAGGAGAUUUCUUUGGCUCCACCCCAGAUGCCGAAUGGGAAGAGUAUAAGACUGGCAUCAAGAGAGCUCCUAUUCAGACAUAUGUGCUUGGUGCUAGUAACCAGGAAACAGUAAAAUAUUUCCAGGAUGCUGAUGGAUUUGAAUUAGCUGAAAACAUUACUUAUCUGGGUCGUAAAGGUAUCUUCACUGGAAGCUCGGGGCUGCAGAUUGUGUACCUCAGUGGCACAGAGUCCUUAAAUGAGCCAGUACCAGGUUAUAAUUUUAGUCCCAAGGAUGUGUCUUCUCUGAGAACGAUGCUGUGUACAACCUCCCAGUUUAAGGGUGUUGGUAUCUUGCUCACAUCCCCGUGGCCCAAGUAUGUGGGGAACUUUGGGAAUUCUUCUGGAGAAGUGGAUACCAAAAAAUGUGGUUCUGCUUUGGUUUCCAGUCUUGCCAUGGGCUUGAAACCAAGAUAUCAUUUUGCUGCUUUGGAAAAGACCUAUUAUGAGAGGCUUCCAUAUAGAAACCAUAUCGUUCUACAGGAAAAUGCACAGCAUGCCACCCGGUUUAUAGCUCUGGCAAAUGUUGGAAAUCCAGAAAAGAAAAAGUAUCUUUAUGCAUUCAGUAUUGUUCCCAUGAAGCUAAUGGAUGCAGCAGAACUGGUAAAACAGCCUCCGGAUGUCACUGAAAACCCUUACAGAAAAUCUGGGCAGAAAGCAUCCAUAGGAAAGCAAAUUCCUGCCCCUGUGGAAGAAUCAGCCUGUCAGUUUUUCUUUGAUUUAAAUGAAAAGCAGGGAAGGAAGCAUUCAUCCACAGGUAGAGAUAGCAAAUCUUCUCCUCACCCAAAGCAGCCUCGCAAACCUCCUCAGCCUCCAGGACCCUGCUGGUUUAGCCUUGCUAGCCCUGAAGUGGAAAAGCAUUUGGUGGUCAACAUCGGCACACAUUGCUACCUCGCCCUGGCCAAAGGAGGCUUAUCUGAUGACCAUGUCCUCAUCCUGCCCAUUGGACACUACCAGUCAGUGGUGGAGCUUUCAGCAGAGGUGGUAGAAGAGGUGGGGAAGUAUAAGGCCACACUGAGACAGUUCUUUAAGAGUUGAGGGAAACGGUGUGUUGUAUUUGAGAGAAAUUAUAAGAGCCAUCACCUCCAGCUACAGAUUGCACAGUCAGGAGCAGCAUAUUUUUAUGUUGAACUUGACACAGGAGAAAAGCUUUUCCACAGAAUUAAAAAGAAUUUUCCUUUGCAGUUUGGAAGGGAGGUCCUGGCCAGUGAAGCCAUCCUUAAUAUUCCUGGUAAGUCUGACUGGAGGCAGUGUCAGAUCAGUAAGGAAGACGAGGAGACCCUGGCUCGCCGCUUCCGGAAAGACUUUGAGCCCUAUGACUUUACUCUGGAUGACUAAACAAAGGGAAGAUCUUUUUAUGAACUUCAUAGGAAGUAGUAAAGCCUUUUUCUUUUUUUUUUUAAUUAAAAGAAUUUUUUUUGAGACAAGGUCUCGCUCUGUCACUCAAGCAGGACUGCGGUGGCGCAGCUGUGGCUCGCUGUAGCCUCAACCUCCUGGGCUCUAGAGUUCUUCCCACCGCAGCCUCCUGAGUAGCUGGGACCACCAGGCGCAUG